AUGGCUUAUACGGCCGCACCCCUUUGCAUCCUAACACAGAAUUGUCGAGGCCUGAACAUGCCUGAAAAACACUUACAUCUCCUACAGGAACUUAAAAGUAAACAGGUCACGAUAGCACUGCUACAGGAAACACACCUCAAACCGACAGAUACACACAGAUUAAAAGAUAGACACUACCCAACCAACUGCCAUAGCACCCACCCUACUGCGCAAAAGACAGGGGUAGCGAUACUUAUAGCCGCUAACACCCAAUUCACCCAGACCGACCAACUCGCAGACCUGAGGGCACGGUAUCUCGGAAAACCAUUCACCACAAUCUAUGACAUUCACCACAUUUGUUUUUACGCAAGACGAUUCGCCAAGUGACGUUUAUCAUAGGAGGGGACUUCAACACACCACUUGACCCAAUAAUCGACUCAUCGACCGGGCACAGCAGUAUAUCACAAAUCACGAUCAGGGCGAUAAGGAAGACCCUGCGAGACCUGAGAUUAGUAGAUGCAUGGAGGUCCUUACACCCGACAGACCGGGAUUAUACGCACUACUCAGCUAUACACAGGAGAUACUCAUGUAUUGACUACAUCCUCAUACAACAAGAAGGCCUGCAACGAUUGCAGUCGGCGGAGAUCCUACCGACACCGUGGUCAGACCAGAGCGCAGUGUCCAUACGCCUGGAUUCCCCUCUGUUCAGACCCACAAGGACGGCGUGGAGAUUGAACGAGUCGCUCCUAUCAGAUCCAGAAGUGAAGACACAAUUGACAGAACAUCUGAACAACUACUUUACUGAGAACAACACGGAAGACGUAUCUAAAGUGACGCUUUCAGAAGCCCACAAGAGUGUGCUCCGGGGACACUUCAUAAGGAUUGCAUCUCACAAAAAAAGGAAGCACAGCAACACAUGA